GUUUAUUGUAGAAAGAGAGAGAGAGAGAGAGAGAGAGAGAGAGAGACGAGUUCUUCUGCUACGCUGGUGGGGUUACUUAUGGCAGAGGGGUUCUCUGUGAUUUUUCUAUUAAUAAACAAUUUCGAGGAAGGGGAAGAAUCGGCGUCCAAGUAAAAGAGAAGAAGUGCUCGAACAAGAAAACGGCCGGUUGCAAUAAUAAAAAUACAUAAAAAAAGAAAUGUUACAGAAGGGUUUCGUGAGAGAACCUUGUUCCGUCUAACCCGAAAGGAUAUUCUCAUUUUAUAUUUAUCUCCUUACGUAAUCGCCUUCUGUUUCGUGUUUAGACACGAUUUCCCCUUCAAAGCUCGUUUUUGUAAUUUUCCACUUCCCGGUUGGCAAUCGUUACGGGGGGGGUAGGGUAAUCGGAGGAUAACUCGGUGCUGGGAGGAAAAAUUGCGUUUUAUGCUUUGCAUGUUUGGUGUAUGGGUUGGGAUUUUGAGUGAUUUGGUGGAUCGGUGAUGGAUGGGUGAUGGUUAGGGUUUGUUUGGGAAAUGGUUUGCCGGUGUGCUGGUAACUGGAGCGUUUUUGAAGAUUUUCAUAGUGAGUUUGUUUUGAAUUUAGGGUUUUGGUGGUUAAAGUCGGGUUUUUUGGCGUGAUAAUAUGUUGGAAAGGUUACGCGUUGUUUCUUUCUGCAGAUUUUGUUGGGUAGUAUAACCACAACAAAGCGUUCGUCGAUUCCGUAUUACCGAAUUUCAGUGGCGGGUUCGUGAUAAUUCAUGAUUUAGUCAAGAGCUUAAAGCGCUGAAAUUAUCCCCGUCCACUAUCUGCGUAUCUUCUGAAGGUAUCGGAUUAAGCUGCUUUCAGGAUUUGACUUGGGUGUUUGACUGAGAAUUCUGGAUUCGGGGAUAAGAUGAGUUCGGGUAUCACAGAGAAUUAUGUUAACGAGGGCAAACUUGUGGUUCGGAUUGCAGAGAAUGGCCAAACAUUCGAGCUCAACUGCGAUGGAAGCACGCAGGUGGAGGUGGUUAUGCGAUGGAUUGAAUCAGCUUCCGGCAUUAACUUCAACGACCAAGUUGUUCUCUGUUUGGACAUGAAACUCGAAUCACAGCGACCGCUCUCUGCAUAUAAGCUUCCUGCAAAUGAUAGAGAAGUGUUUAUAUUCAACAAGGCUAGGCUGCAGAUCAAUUCUCCUGCUCCUCCGGUACAGCAAAUUGAUGUGGUUGAAGUUGCAGACCCAACUCCGCCGGCUUUAUUGCAAAAUCCUCAUCCUUUGGAUAGUGCCUCAGAUCCUGCUCUGAAAGCCUUACCUUCUUAUGAGAGGGAGUUUAGGUACCACUAUCAGCGGAGUCAAGCCAUUUACAGUCGGACAGUUGCGAAGUAUGAGAUUUGUGAUGGGCUUUUGAAGGAGCUAAAGGUACAAGAGAGAGCAUUAGAGGUUGCAAGGAGUAAUGUGGAUCAGUUCUAUAGGCUGCUCUACCAGAAUUACUUGGAUUUCAUAAAGCGCUAUAAGCACCAGCACCGUGUGCAUUCGGAUUUACUGGUUAAUUUUGGGAGGGAUAUUGAGAAGUUGAGGUCUAUAAAGUUACACCCAGCUUUGCAGACUGAUACAAGAAGCUGCUUACUAGAUUUUGUGAAAGAAGAGAGUAUUCAGAAGUCAGCUGAAAUAUGUACCAGCUCCCACAGGCAGUUUGAGAACAAAGUUUUGCAGUUUCAGCAGAUGUUUAAUGAUGUGAAGCGCCGGGUGGAGGAGUUCUUUCCUAUCAGGGCAUCAGUGACCAUUAGGAAUCUGGAACAAAAUGUUAAGGAGCACCAGCGGUACAUUAGUGAACAAAGGAGUAUAAUGCAGUCCUUGAGCAAAGAUGUCAACACAGUGAAGAAGCUUGUGGAUGAUUGUCUCUCCUGCCAGUUAUCCUCCUCUCUUCGUCCACAUGAUGCAGUUUCAGCUCUGGGUCCGAUGUAUGAUGUCCAUGACAAGAAUCACCUGCCUAGGAUGCAAACUUGUGAUCAUUUGAUAUCCAAACUGCUUGAUAUUUGCAAGGAUAAGAAGAAUGAAAUGAAUAUUUUUGUCCACAAUUAUAUGCAAAAGAUAACACAUGUUACAUCUGUCAUCAAAGAUGUUAAAUUUCAGUUUCCUGUCUUUAAAGAGGCAAUGGCUCGUCAGGAAGAGCAAUUUACUGACCUAAAAGUGAUUCAUGGGAUUGGCCCUGCAUAUAGGGCCUGCCUUGCAGAAAUUGUGAGAAGAAAAGCUUCCAUGAAGAUUUACAUGGGCAAGGCCGGACAGCUGGCUGAAAGGCUUGCGACAGAGAGGGAGGCUGAGGUAAGGAAACGUGAGGAGUUUCUCAAAGCACAGAGUGCAUACAUACCAAGAGAUAUAUUUGCUUCUAUGGGUUUAUAUACUACUCCCAGUCAGUGUGAUGUCAAUAUAGUUCCUUUUGACACUAAUUUGCUUGAUAUUGACAUUUCGGAUGUGGAAUACUAUGCUCCGGAGUAUUUAGCUGGAUCCCCUGUGAAGCUUUUGACCUCAAAGAGUUCAGUUUCCAUGUCAAAUCAUAGCUCUCAUUCAGUUGAGACUGAAGAGAUUUCUGUUGAAACUCUGGAGAAAGAGGACUCUGAGGACUUCCUUGAGGGCUCUGAGUUGGUAGAUAUUGCUGGUACUAGCAAGAUGGAAGUUGAGAAUGCAAGGCUGAAAGCUGAACUUGCUGAAAAAAUAGCUUAUAUUUGUUUUUUGCACCCGCAAGCAGAACAUCAGCCAUUGGAUGAUAAUAAAUUAGAUGAUUUAUUUAAGAAUGCUAAGGAGAAGACUGAUAAAGCAUUGCACGAGAAAGAUGAAUAUAUAAAACAUCUCCACUCUAUCAUCAAGGCAAAGCAAAUACGGUGUGCUUCCUAUGAAACGCGCAUUCAAGAACUGGAGCAGAGAUUAUCUGAUCAAUAUUUGCAGGGGCAGAAAUUUCCUAACACUAAGGAUGUCUCUGACUUUACCCUUUUGGCUGCAAAAUCUGAUGGCUGCAAACAAGAGGUCUCUUGUGGUAGAGAGGUCAAUGUCCCUUAUAUAUCUACUACUGAACCCAUGGAUGAGGUUUCAUGUAUUUCAAAUUCUUUGGAUGCAAAACUGGGUCCUUUCACUAGGCUAUCAGGCAAAGGUCGAGAAGGUGUUGAUGAAAAUAUGAUGGAUUCUUCUGGAGUGCUAAAUCCUCAGUUGGAUUCAUCAAUGCUGGAGCAGCAUCGUGAUGAGCUGCAAGUAAAUGAGAAAGGUGCAAAAGAUAAGAUGGUAGGACAAUUGGGCAUGUCGCUGACUAACAGUUCAACUGCUGAGAGCAUGCCUGUACCUCAGAAUCUCUUACCUUGUGACUUAGCUACUGGGCUGGGUUUAGAAUCUAAAGAUAGUGCAGAACGUGUGUUGGAAUUGCAAAGUGCACUUGUUGACAAGUCAAACCAAUUGAGUGACACUGAAACUAGGCUUAAAGAUGCUAUGGAGGAAGUUGCUGUGCUUAGAAGAGAAUUGGAAAUGAGUCAGAAGCUCCUUGAUGAAUCUCAGAUGAACUGUGCCCACUUAGAGAAUUGUUUGCAUGAAGCAAGAGAAGAAGCCCAAACUCAUCUCUGUGCUGCAGACCGAAGAGCCUCAGAGUAUAGUGCACUGAGAGCUUCUGCUGUGAAAAUGCGUGGCUUGUUUGAGAGGCUUAGGAGCUGUGUUUAUGCACCUGGUGGAGUGAUUGGCUUUGCCGAUGCUUUGCGUGCAUUAGCUCAAUCCCUUCUGUCCAAUUCCAUUGCUGACAAUGAAGAUGAUGGUACUGCUGAGUUCCGAAAAUGUAUUCGUAUCCUUGCGGACAAGGUUAGUUUCUUGUCUAGGCAUCGAGACGAGCUGAUUGAGAAGUACCCAAAGAUUGAAGCUGCAAAUGAACAGCUUAGGAAUGAGUUACAAGAAAAGAAAGAUUUGGUUAAAACGUUGUACACAAAGCAUCAACUUGAGAAGCAGGCAAAUAAAGAAAAGAUCUCUUUUGGUCGCCUAGAAGUCCAUGAAAUAGGUGCAUUUGUUCUCAAAUCUAAGGGGCAUUAUGAGGCGAUCACCCGGAACUGCUCAAACUACUACUUGUCUGCUGAAUCUCUGAUUAUCUCUGAUUUAGCUUAA